AUGAAUAUAUGCGAUCCAACACAUGCUGAAAACAAUAAUCAAUUUGAAGACGCUGCCGUAAUUACCAUCGACAAAUCUCCUGUUGAAAUAAGGAACCACAGUUUGACAACGGGUUCCAACGCUAAGCUCAUGAGUAAUGUUGGUAGCGGAUUGUGUCAAUAUAGGACAGUCACAUUGGGGAAGUUUCGGGGAACCUUUGAUGACAGAGGCAAAAGAUGUCAUCGAAACCAUGAGUGGAGCAAGCUAUGCAGGCUUUGUGUGAAUUUACCAAUUAAACCCUCCAGCUUGAGUUACUGUACAGAGAAAUCUAUUGUAGAAAAUGAGCCAUUCCAAACGCACAUCUCUCAUGGCUCAACGAUAAGAGUUAGACCAAAUCGAAACAGGAAAAAAAGUACUAACGAACUGCCUGAUAUAAACCAUAUUCUGAGUAGCUGGGGCAAGUUGACGUGGUCAUUGGGGAAUCGUUGUGAUGCAGAAGAUGCAUUGUCAGGGUCCACAUCAAGUCCAUCAACAACUAGAAGGCGCUUGAGGCUACAUGUCAACAACACUUGCAGUUCAUAUCUGACACUUUUCAACGACUCUAUUCCUGCAGAUUCAACUUGUUCCUCUUCUCUCCGCAAAUUUCGGAUCUUUCGCCGAUCUAUCAGUAAUGGUUACUGA